CUGCCAAAGCACUCUCCACAGGAUAAUUAGAAAGCCAGAAGAACACAGUCCUAGAGAGGAAAGAAAUCCCUGCAAAAGUACUGCCCAAGGCAGAGAGAGUGACAAUGGAGGAGACUUACCUUCUCACCCACCCAGGCGUCAGGAAGAAGAUUCUGGCUGGAGGCACGGGACCACUGCCACACUGUCCACCUGGGACAAAGCUGGUGUUCCACUUCCAGACGCUGCUGGACGACUUCGAGCGCACUGUCAUCGAUGAUAGCCGUCUGGCCGGCCGGCCGGCGGAGAUCUUUGUGGGGAAGAUGUUUAAGAUGGAAGUCUGGGAGUCUCUGCUGACCUCCAUGAGGACUGGCGAGGUGGCCGAGUUCUGGUGCGAUGCCACUCACACAGGCUUGUAUCCCAUUGUGUCCAAGGGAAUGAGGCUGAUUGCUCAAGGGAAAGACCCCCUGGAGGGCCAGAGGCACAUGUGUGGCAUGGGAAACCUGUUCCACUAUCACUCCACUGGCUUCCCAGAGCUGGAUGAGAUCAUGAGAACGCCGCAACCGCUCAUAUUCAUCAUGGAGCUGCUGCAGGUUGGAGACCCCAUGUCCUACCCCAGAGAGUCAUGGAUGAUGGAAAAAGAUGAGAAGCUGCAGACGGUGCCAGUUCUCCACAUGCGGGGCAAUGCACUGGUCAAGCAGAGGCAAUUCAGCGAGGCUGCCAGCAAGUACAAAGAGGCCGUCCUGCUGCUAAAAACAGUCCAGUCCAGAGAGAUGCCGGGCGAUAUAGACUACAUUAACUUGGGUCGAAUGAUCAUCCCUCUGGAGUUGAAUUACUGCCAGUGUAUGUUGGAGCUGGAGGAGUAUUAUGAGGUCAUAGAGCACACCACGGAACUGCUGGAGAAACACAAAGACUGUGUAAAGGGCUACUACAAGAGAGCCAAGGCACAUGCUGCAGUGUGGAAUGAAAAGGAGGCUCGGAGAGACUUCAACAUGGUGGCCCGACUCGACGUCACCCUGGCUUCUCUUGUCGGCAGAGAGCUGAAGGCCCUGUCAGAGCGCAUGAAGGAGAAGUACUGGGAGGAGAAGGAGACGUAUUGGAACAUGCUGGAGAAAAAGGAGAGCAAAAAUGAAACGGAGGAGGAAGAGGGGCAGAGUAAAGAAGCAGAGGGGGGAGAUAUAGGAAUGCAAGGACGUAGUGAAAGUGUGACCACAGAGAAUACAAAUGAAUGUGAGGAAGAAAGAGGUAAAGAGGGUGGAGAUGAAAAAAGCAUGGUCAAGCCGACACAGGGUGAGGAAGCAGGGAGCAAAGACAAAGCAAGCUUAUCCAAAACAGAGGGGAAGGACUGGCAGCAGAUGCUGCGGCUGAUCAUGUUCCUGCAGAAGGAAGGAAACUUCCUCAUCAAGGAGAAACACUUUCAAGAGGCUUGCGGGAAGUUCACCGAGGCCAUAGAAUAUGUGGACUUCCUUCAAAACAAGGUGGAUGAGCAGGGCGACGACUGGGACUCGCUGGAGAAAGUGCGUCUUUCGCUGACCCUCAACCUUGGCCAGUGCAAGCUGGAACUGAAAGAGUUCCGGGAAGUGGUGCAGAUCAUCAACAAGCUGCUGAAGAGACAUAAAGGUAGUAUGUGUUAUUUGUAACGUUGGGAGUUUUGUAAGGGAGGAAU